AUGUGCGUCGCCGCCCUGCCCUGCCCCGCCUUCGAGGGGUCUGAGAAGCGCAUCAGCGUCAGCUUCUCCUCCCGUGCGGGCGCCGUCGGCGCCGGCCUGCGCGCGCUGACCCGCGCCGAGCUGGACGCGCUGAUGGACAGCGCCGCCUGCCUCAUCGUGUCGGUGCGCCACCACGCCAGCCACGACGCCUACGUCCUGUCUGAGUCCUCCUGCUUCGUCUACCCUGACCGCAUCGUGGUCAAGACCUGCGGCACCACCCGCCUGCUGGCCUGCGUCCCCCUGCUCCUCCGCCUCGCUGCCGGUCUGGGCCUGGAGCCGGCCGCGGUCAAGUACUCCCGCGCCAGUUUCCUCUUCCCUGCCGCGCAGCCCGAGGAGCACGCCAGCUUCGAGGCCGAGACCGCCGUCCUGCGCGCCGCUUUUGCCGCGCUGCCCCUGGCCUCCGCCUACGUCCUGGGCGACGCGCUGGCGGGCCUGCAGUGGCACGUCUUCGCCGCGGGCGUUGCGCGCGGCGCGGCCGCAGUGGCGCAGGCCCCCCCUCCGCCCCCGCUGCACACCCUGGAGCUGUGCAUGACCGGCCUGUGCCCGCGCAAGGCCGCCAACUUCUUCCGCACCGAGGCAUUUGUGGACAGCCGCCGCGUGACAUGCGACUCGGGCAUCCAGGACCUCCUCCCCAAGGCCGAGAUCGAUGACUAUGUGUUCGAGCCCUGCGGCUACUCCAUGAACGCAGUGGAGGCGGGGUCCUUCUCCACCAUCCACAUCACGCCCGAGGACGGCUUCUCCUACGCCUCCUUCGAGCUUUGCGGCUACGACCCCGCCACCAUGGACGUGCCCGACCUGGUGGCGCGCGUGGCGGCCGUCUUCCGCCCCCGCCACAUGGCGGUGGCACUGUCGGUGGACGCCCCAGCUGGCGCCUGCGUCGGCGACGUGGACGGCGCCACCUGGCGCGCACGGCGCUCGCUGCCGGCCGGCUAUGCCUGCCACGCGGGGUCCUUCCAGGAGCUGCGCGCGGGCGGGCACGUCGCCUUCUUCGGCCUGGACCUGGAGGAAGGGGAGGCGUUUGACGGCCAGGCCGAGGACCUCCCGCACGCCGCCGACGAGGCCCUGGGCGCCGCCGGCCAGCUGCAGGCCGACUGCGCCGCCAAAGCCAUGGAGCUGGCGCUGGAGGCCACGGCCGGCGUGCUGGGAGGGCACGCGGUGGCCGCCUGCGACGCCGGCGCGGGCAGCUCCGACGGCGGGUCGCCGCGCGGCGUGGUGUCUCGGGACACCCUCUCCUCCGUCCUCACCGACCUCGACUCGCUGGGCGAGGGCGCGGGCGAGUGGGGCGGCGGCCGCGCCACGCCUUCCUCCACCGCCUCGGAGGACGCGCGGCCCGUGGGGCCUCGCCCCCUGGGCGAGGUCCUGGCCCUGCACGGCGCCCACCCGCUGCCCGACGGCUCGCGUGCCUCGCUGGACGCGCACGCGGCGGCCCUGAUCGCCUCGCGCGGCCUGGAGGACACCUUCUACCGCCCGCGCGACCUGCGCGCCGGCGCGGAGCUGGGCUGCCCGCUGACCACCUUUGACAGCGUGGACGAGCUGCGCAAGGUCGCCCGCGCCUGGCCCGGCGCGCGCCUGCUCCUGCGCGUGCGGGCCGACGCGCCCGCCGCACGCUGCCCGCUGGGCAACAAAUACGGCGCGGAGACCUGGGAGUGGGCGGCGCUGGCCGCGGAGGCCACGCGCCUGGGCCUGCCCGUCGACGGCGUCGCCUUCCACGUCGGGUCCGGGGCGGGGGCUGACGCGGCGGGGGCUUACGAGAACGCCAUCGCCGUCGCCGCCGACGCGGCCGAGGUCCUGCGCGCCGCGGGGCACGCCGUCUCCAUCCUCGACAUCGGCGGCGGGUUCCCGGGCGGCGCGCUGGGCGGCAUCGCGCCGGCCAUCAACGCCGCGCUGGAGGCGCGCUUCCCGGGCGUGGAGGUGGUGGCCGAGCCGGGACGCUUCUUCGCGGAGCGCAUCGCCACGCUUGCCACCGCCGUGUUUGGCGCGCGCGAGCGCAGCGCGGGCGGUGACGCCAGGGACGUGGACGCCAUCGCCACCCCCACCGUCGAGGACCCCACCCUCCACCCCACCACGCGCGAGCUCUUCGUGACCGAUGGCAUCUACGGCUCCAUGAACUGCAUGCUGUACGACCACGCCAGCCCCCUGCCGCGUGCGCUGGCCACCGACGACCGCGCGCGCGGCGCUCUGGUCCCCACCACCGUGUUUGGGCCCACCUGCGACGGGCUGGACACGCUGGUGCGGGGCCACCCGCUGCCUGCCGGGCUGGGCGUCGGCUCGUGGCUGGUGUGGCCCGACAUGGGGGCCUACACCAUCUGCGGCGCCUCGGCCUUCAACGGCAUGGACGCGGUGAAUGUUCCCCGUUUCUACGUCUGGUCCGUGAAGCCGUGA